AUGAUCGCGCCUCACGAUCCGUUCAAGAGCGGCGAGGCACAGGAUGCCGGAUGGGAAGCCGGCAAGGGAGGACUUAUAGGAGCAGCUAAAUGGGGCGUUGGAGCGGCAAUUGUGGGAGCCCUGGCCUAUCUCAGAUCGCCGCUCUACCGGAGAAUGACCGUCCAGUUCAAAGUCUACGUUCAGAUAUCGGCCAUGACCUUGGGUGGCAUGAUUGCGGCAGACCAACGCUUGAGAGAUUAUGAAACUGAGAUGAGAGCUCAGAGAAGGUGGCUCAGAGAGAAAGCAAAAUGGGACAGGUAUGAGCAAGAAGUUGCAGCCAACAACGAAAAGUAA